CCCAAAAAAAAAAAAACAAUAAAUAAAUAAAUAAAAUUUCACUGACAUUAAAUUUCGAACUCAACUCAGAAUCUCCCUCUGCAGUCUCGAUCGGCCUUACGAAAGAAGAAAAAAGAAAAUUAAAAAAAAGAGAGAGCAGCUACUCCUUAAUUAAUCAAUUUUGACUACUCAGAUUUGUGGCCUAAUAAUCUCUAUAUAUCAAUCAAUUUCUCCCGCAGCUUGCGCUCAUAAACCCUAGUAAGAAUUUGCUUGUUUGUCCUCCUCCAGUGUAGGAAGGUAGGGAGAGAGGAGAGAAGGAGAGGAUUGGUGAUUGAAAAUUGGGAAGGGUGAGUUCUGGUAAGUGGUGGAAAUGCCAGAAGAAGAGGAGUUAGUUGAGCUCAAGUUUAGAUUGUAUGAUGGAUCCGAUAUCGGUCCUUUUAGGUAUUCACCUGCAUCCACUGUUGCUAUGCUCAAAGAAAGAAUCGUCGCCGACUGGCCUAAAGAUAAAAAAAUUGCACCGAAGGCAGCAAAUGAUGUCAAACUGAUAAAUGCCGGGAAAAUCUUGGAAAACAACAAGACCGUUGGCCAGUGUAGGGUUCCUUUUGGGGACCUCCCAAAAGGGGUCAUUACCAUGCAUGUUGUUGUCCAGCCAUCUUUAGCCAAAGCAAAAGCAGAAGGUAGACGAUGCCCCAAGAAAAAAUUUCUGUUCAUGUUCCAUAUUAUAAGGGAGUCGGGCUCCUUGAAGGUUUAAGCUUGUGAGGUCGCCUUGAAGUUCCUAGGAUCUCAUGGCGAUGGAAAUCAGUUACUGGGAAGACAAUAACUUGUAAAAUGAUGCCAUCCCUCAUCUCACUCUACAUGUUGGUUUGAGGGCAUCCCCGUGUAACAGUGUGCUGGUGAUGUAUUUACACUAUAAAUGGGUGUUUAUGUAUUUUUAUAGCUGCAAGCCUGCACUCUCAUUUUAUAUUUAUUUUAUACAAGGCUUACGGGUUUGAUCUUC